AUGACUCACACGCCCUUUGGCAUCCUCCUCGUCCUCGCUCCGCCAAAAGCCGCCUCGGGUCUCUUGCUCUCUGUAGCCACGGCCAAGAUUCAGUCUCCCGGACAAUACAGCUUCUUCUCCACUCUGUCAUCUUGCCCAGUUCUUCCUCACGAGGUUGAUCUGAACCUGAACGAGGCCAUUCGCAGCUCUCGCCAAAGCUCACUCACCACCAUCACCACCAUUCCCUCCUCAGACUACCCAGUCGUCACCACGGAUUCUCAACAGACACCAUGGCUUCCCUCCAGUUCGUCAAGCCCGCCGGCACCACCCGCGCAAUCCCGUUUCCCACAGCACCCGCCGCAGCAGGACUUUGUCUUGUUCGACCAACCGACGCCCCAGGGACAGAACGUUAACCGCCCCCUCGCCUCUGCCUCAGCAGCAGCAGCCGCCUUUGGGUCUCGACAUCCCCAUCUCAACCACUCGGCACAGUUCUCGCACCGUUCUCCUCGGCCUUCUCUGCCGAACCACCGAGUGGCCCAGAUCAUCCAGGCGCUAGGGCAUCAGUCUUCUCCCUCUACGGUUUUCACCAACCUGCACAAUCUUCACGCGCAAAACCAGACCCAGCAAUCGCCAUACGCACCCUUGUCCUCACCGUCUUCCGCCGCACCCGUUCAGAGGAGUCGUGUCGCUCAUCCGCCUGUACCCCCAUUCCAACCGGGCAUUGGCACUCAGCAACCGGCGGCCAACAUGAAUCUUCAAGGUAAUCUACCCAACGUUACCCCCGGCAUUGACGGCCCUUUCUCACCCGAAAUAGACGCUCUCGCCUUCGAGGACUUCACGCCCUUCGAGGGUGGGGCCAGCACGGCCUACCCUUCUCCUGGCGUUCCUGGGUAUGAUAUGAACGGGAGCUCGGCGUCUAGUACUGUGUCCCCUCGGGACCUGCUCCUUCACGACACUUUUACGUCUGCCCCGAACUCGUCCGCCCUCACGAACUUGACGUCGCCAUCCAUCUACGACGGCUCUCCGGAUUUUCAUGACAGUUACGAAGUUUCCCCGAACUUUGGCCCUAGCGAUAUCGACAGCGGGACUAACGACAAUUGGUUCUCGUUGUUCCCCCCCGCCGAGAACACGAUCACCAAUCCGGCCCCCACCGCCCCCGCUGUCGAGGCGUCACCGGUGGAAGAGUCUGAAGUCAUCGAGGCGGCGUCCAACGCUCGUAGGAAGUCCAAGAGCUCGCAUUCGCCACCUUCUGGGGCUCACGGCCGCCAUUCUUCUAUCGCGGGCGUGAGCUCUCGUCGUCGGGACAGGCCUCUUCCCCCCAUCGUCGUGGAAGACUCGACCGACGCUGUGGCGAUGAAACGGGCUCGCAACACGUUGGCGGCUCGUAAGUCUCGGGAGCGCAAGGCACAACGGUUCGAGGAGCUCGAGGAGCAAAUCGUCCAGCUGACACAGGAGCGUGAUCAUUGGAAGAGCAUCGCUCUUCAAAAAACGGGGUAA